GUUUAUCGCAUUCCAUGUGAGAACUGUGAGUCUGUGUAUGUUGGACAGACAUCACAAUGUUUGAAAAGACGUAUCUCAAUACAUAAGAGUGACGCCAGAUUACGACCUGAUAGAUGUGCAUUAGCUAGCCAUUCGUCCUCUCUAGACCACCAUUUUAAGUUUGAUGAAGUUGAAAUAUUAUGUACCAAUUCUAACUAUAAUAAAAGAAGUUUCCUUGAAAUGUGUUUUAUAAAUGAAAAUGAAAAUAAUAUAAAUAAGAAGACUGACUUGAAGAAUUUAAGUGUUGUAUAUAGUUAUUUGUUAUCCUUAGAUCGUAGGCCAUCUAGACAAACAUGACUUUAUGUCACUUUGUGAAUUGUUGUUUUCUCUGUGUUCCCCUGUUCUGUGAGUUUUAACCUUUAAAAUUGACAUAUGCAUUACGGCAACGUUUCUGAUAUUUCUACGAUUAUUGUAUUUUUAUUGAAUUUUAUGAGUAGAAGACCAAUUAUAGCUGCACUUAUCAUCUUAAAUAACACUGUCCAGUCAGAUCAUCCUGAAGAAGAAACGCAUAUUGUUUCGAAAUAUAGAUGAAUAGACUAUAGACUGUUGAUCUUUUCUAAAUUGCCUAGAUACCCAACCACACCUCCUUACUUUAUUCGGCAAAUAAUUUAUCUCACUGAAUUAUACAGAAAUGGGUUUCUUUGAUGACGUAGGUUUAGCGUAUGGUAGAACUGCGUCUAAACAGAUGAGACUAUGGGCUCAUUUGAACACCAAAUUGGCGAAGUUGGCUUGUAGAAGAAACUUCUUGCUCCAUUGCAGAACGACCGGUAUUUUACCCAGACAUAUCGUCCAGAACAUCAAAUGUUUGACCAACCUCUUAUCAGAUGAUGCCGAAAACAACAGAAAGGUGCCGAUUACCUAUCAAUAUGUUGAUGACCUUCUCCUUGCUAUUCCCGAAGACAGGACUGCUACGACUUUGGCAGUUUUCAAUAACUACGACCCACACAUUAAGUUUACUGCAGAAGAAGAAACUGAAAAUGGUGUCCCAUUCCUUGACACCAAAGCUAUCAGGUGUGCAGAAUUAAGAAAAUCUGCCAUCCAGACUUUCUUCAUAACAGUGAAGAAAAGUUGCUUAAGAUCUUUGAGAACAAUGGUUACCCUAGGAUGUUUUUGAACAGAUGUCGGCAUUCUCUAACUUCUGACCAAGUCGACGAGGUCCCACAAAUAAGAACAUCGACAUUAGUCGAACCUGCCACACAUGACAAAUAUGUAAGCCUGCCCCUCAUUCCACCAUUAACAGGUAAAUUGACCAAAAUUCUAAAAGAAAUUGAGAACAUAAAAAUUGCGAAGUACAAUCCUUUAGUAGUAGGCGUUCUUUUCAGCCAAACUAAAGAUAGGAUCCACACCAUGUCUAGAUCUGACGUGGUUUAUCGCAUUCCAUGUGAGAACUGUGAGUCUGUGUAUGUUGGACAGACAUCACAAUGUUUGAAAAGACGUAUCUCAAUACAUAAGAGUGACGCCAGUUUACGACCUGAUAGAUGUGCAUUAGCUAGCCAUUCGUCCUCUCUAGACCACCAUUUUAAGUUUGAUGAAGUUGAAAUAUUAUGUACCAAUUCUAACUAUAAUAAAAGAAGUUUCCUUGAAAUGUGUUUUAUAAAUGAAAAUGAAAAUAAUAUAAAUAAGAAGACUGACUUGAAGAAUUUAAGUGUUGUAUAUAGUUAUUUGUUAUCCUUAGAUCGUAGGCCAUCUAGACAAACAUGACUUUAUGUCACUUUGUGAAUUGUUGUUUUCUCUGUGUUCCCCUGUUCUGUGAGUUUUAACCUUUAAAAUUGACAUAUGCAUUACGGCAACGUUUCUGAUAUUUCUACGAUUAUUGUAUUUUUAUUGAAUUUUAUGAGUAGAAGACCAAUUAUAGCUGCACUUAUCAUCUUAAAUAACACUGUCCAGUCAGAUCAUCCUGAAGAAGAAACGCAUAUUGUUUCGAAAUAUAGAUGAAUAGACUAUAGACUGUU